AAAUUGACGUUGCACGUAAAUUCAUAAAUUUUAUAUUUUGUCGGAGGUAUACAUGGAUCGGAAUGGCGUUGAUAUUUUUACUUCUAGGCGUUGUGAUAAGUCUCCCUAAAGCUGUAUAUGCAUGCUCGGCCUGGUCUGCAUGUACUGUAACAUGUGGAGGUGGAACUCAAACAAGAACUUGCUCGACCUGGUUAGAAUUUCCUUCAUCUUCCGAACAAAGUUGUAACACUUAUUGCUUUAACCAAGGGGUUUACGUAAAUGGACGAUGUCAAUGCUCUGCCUGGAGAAGUGGAUCGUGUUGUUCAGGUUGCCGGCAUGUUUCACUUCCUCAAUGUUUUUCCGGUCAUCAAAGUUGCGGAGGAUCACCAGAUGGUAUAAAAUGCACGAGAUGCAAUGACGCUUAUUAUUCUACAGGAUACAUUACCCAGUCAUCCAGAUAUAGUUAUGCAUGUAAAGUAUGUCCAACAAUUGCAAACUGCAAACAAAGAUAUUGUUCCUCUUCUUCAAACACAAGGUGUAGAGAAUGUAUUGAUGAUCUAAAAUUAUUCAAAAGAACGCAUUCGGAUACCAAAUGUGAAAGAAUGUGUGCUUGGAACAACCAUUACUGUUGGCCCGGUUCUUGCUCUAACGAUCUCACAAGUGGAUGUAUAUGUGCACCUGAUUUUAAAAGAAUUCAGACAUCUACGGAGACGACAUGUCAUCCUACUAAAUUACCUUCUUUCCUGUUAUGCAAUACAAUAUUCAUUGGAACUCAUGGUCAAAGCAAGCGAGCAAACACCAACAAAGAUGGCAUCCAAAAUUGCAGUUCAAUUGAAGAUACAUACGGCAAUUUCCAAUUAUCAUUACUUCAAUACGAAUUGAAAACAGAAUUUAAGAUUCUCAUUUCUGGCUAUAACCAGCCUAGUUACAUCAGAAACUAUAAAUUUGGAGUGACAGACAUUACAAUUAAUGUCAAUAAAAAUGCAGCAAAUGGUUUAACAACAAGAAUUAGCCAUCAACAAUUUGGAGAUGCGACACUGAACAAAACUAUAAAUAACGUGAGGCAGGACAAUGGAAGCAUUCAGAUAGAUCAGGCAUUGUCUAGUGUCGCGGAAGGCGAGUCACUUUGUAUUGAGUUUGAGGCUUUCGGAGGAGGGUAUUUAGAGGGUAUAAAUCUCAUAACCCAAAAGGUGAAUCCGUAUGUCCAGUACCAAAAGGUCAGUAUUAAACGCUCAUUAUGUUACACGUUUGAUCAUACACCCCCUAGACAUUGUAGAGCUAUUGGAUCUUGCAAUACAGAGCCUUUAAAUAUCCUUCAUCCUGUAACGCGGACUCCGAUAAACCGCGUAUCAUUUGUGGGAUGGACUGAUCCAAUUCCUUUAAAUGGAUCUGCAAAGCAUGCCUCCACAAUACAGGAUUAUACAAUUAGUGUUCAUCAGGUAAUAUCGAAGAAAGGACGGUUGCAACUUGACUAUUCUACUAUGUAUAUGAAAGUAAUAAACUUUUCGCACACAGAUACAUCUUUGUAUCUUAAACCUGAUAAACCAACAUUGUAUGAAGUGAAACUUGAGGUCAAAGAUUUUGCAGGCAACGUUCAACAAGCAAGAAGGUUCAUGCUAUAUGAUGAUACAUCAUUUAUUGAAACAAGAGACGACAAACCAAUCAUUGUUGAAUCAGCAUCGUAUCUUACAAAUUAUGUAUGGCAAACACGUGAUACCAUUUGUAUGACAUGGAAAGAUCAUUUCAUUAACAGAUUCUAUAUAAAUGAUAAUUUACUCGGCCCUAUAAAGCCAGAGCAAAACAGAUUAUUUUCGGGUGUAUAUGAGCACAAGUUCGGAUUACUUUCGGUUGAUGGUACUUUAAAUGUGAACGGUAUAAUCAUGUUUUCAGUGACAGUGUUUGUUAACGGUAAACAAAAUGAAGAAACUGAAGUUACAAAUAUACAAGAGCAGUCUUUUUGUAAAAAUAUCAGUAAUAAUGAUGGCGAUAUUUUGAAAAUCAUGGUACAAGCUGUUGAUAUUGCUGGUAAUGUUAAAGAAGAAAACUCAACUGUCCAUAUAGAUCAAUCUAAACCGGAACUUGAACUUAUGAAUAUAUCAUCCAAACUUGGCAAAAUCGAAUCGAUUGAAUUGCCAACGUCUUCAUAUAAUAUAAAAUUCAUAGCGCUAGAUCGUCAUAGUGGAAUACACAGUAUUGUUUGGGUAUUUGGAAUCAAAAAUUCAGGCAUAAACAUAGCAACAGGUGACAUAAAGGUUAAUACCGAUAAUCACUUACAGUCUUGCCAUAAUGGUACGUCAACGUGCGACUGUUUCGAUGGUAAACAAUGUGAAUCAUUUAGCUACACCAUACCAGUAAAUGCAUUAAAUUUGUGUGACAAAAAAGUGAAAGAUAAUUCAAAUAAAAACUUCUACAUUUCAAUCACCGCUACAAACUUCGCAUUGUUGGAAAAGACUCGGUACAUUGAUGUUUCCAUUGAUUUUACCAGUCUAGAUGAGUUAUGCAAAACAACAAAUUAUGUGCCCAUCUAUGUUGGUGUAUCAAGUGGCAUUUCAAUAAUUAUACUGGCCAGUAUUAUGGCUUUUGUCAUUCUAGUGGUACGACGUAAAAGGCGAAAGAAUAAACAAGGAUCGGCCGAAAAUAACGGAUACAUUUUGGAAUCCAAGAAAGUUCCAAAGAAAAAAUCCAAAAUUAAAACAACACAAGAAACAAAGGUCACGAAGCAAGCAGAUCUAGAGAAUUAUCAAAACCUUGAUCACAACGAUGUAUGUGCUGACGAAUCAUAUGACAAUAUAGCCACGCACCCAGAGGACGCAAAAACUAGAAGGAACACAGACCAAAAACCACAGCGAACAGAAAAUAAUGUUUAUGAGGACAUUGCCCGUAAGGAAUUAAUAAUUUUAUAUAUGUUUCCGUUACCAUCAAUAUUCAUUAUUGCAUAGAAUUAAUUAUCCCAG